AUGGCAAGCAGCGUCAAGCAGUUGGAAGUGUCCCAACCGUCCCGGGCGGCGACAGCCCCCGUGAAAAAAGUCCAUUAUCCUUUCUGGUUCGGUGGCUCGGCCUCAUGCUUUGCGGCGGCCGUCACGCACCCGUUAGACCUUGUCAAGGUUCGCCUCCAAACACGUGGGCCCGGUGCUCCCACGACCAUGAUAGGGACUUUCGGCCAUAUUCUGAAGAAUAAUGGAGUUUUGGGACUGUACAGCGGGCUGUCGGCCGCAAUCUUGCGCCAAUUGACCUAUUCGACAACGCGAUUCGGAAUCUACGAAGAGCUAAAAUCCCACUUCACGUCGUCCUCGUCGCCCCCUGGUCUCCUUACCUUGGUCGGCAUGGCCUGUACCUCCGGCUUCAUCGGCGGUAUCGCAGGCAACCCGGCCGACGUUCUUAACGUGCGCAUGCAGUCGGAUGCCGCGCUCCCGCCGGAGCAACGCCGCAACUACCGACACGCCUUCCACGGCCUGGUGCAAAUGACUCGCACCGAGGGUCCGGCGAGUCUGUUUCGCGGCGUGUGGCCCAAUUCGACGCGAGCCAUCCUGAUGACGGCGUCGCAGUUGGCGUCCUACGAUUCCUUCAAGCGCAUCUGUCUGGAGAAGCUCGGCAUGUCCGACAACCUGACGACGCAUUUCACGGCGUCCCUGAUGGCGGGAUUCGUCGCCACCACCGUCUGCAGUCCCGUCGAUGUGAUCAAGACCCGCGUGAUGAGUGCGGCGCCCGCGGAGGGCGGCCAGAGCAUUCUGGGCCUGCUACGCGACAUCUCGCGCAAGGAAGGCUUUGGCUGGGCUUUCCGCGGCUGGGUGCCCAGCUUCAUCCGGUUGGGUCCUCACACGAUCGCUACGUUUAUCUUCCUGGAAGAACACAAGAAGCUCUAUCGCCUGCUGAAGGGCGUCUAA